AUGGAAAAGCUGGGCAAACUCGAUACUGCCGGGGACAUGUGGCGAGAGGCGAUGCUUGGCGCCAACUUCCCCCUCAAUCACCCAGCUUAUGCGGAGAGGGUAAUAUGGCAACUUAUCGCGAACGAAGACUUCAGGAGGGCACGGUCCCUCAUAGCUGAAUUGCCAUAUGAUGGUAAGAGGGAGCGCUGGCACGGUCUGUGCAGCAUAGCCUCGGGGGAUAUGGAGGGGGCCGCGGAUGCCUUCAUAAACGCCAUAAUGCUCUCGCUUCAGGAGCGCAACACUAGGGUGCGGGCAGAGAGUCUCACACAUCUGAGUCGUUUGCCUGAACAUUUGAUCCAACGUGCCGAGCGGGAAAUAGUAGAGACGAGAGUCUUGGAGGAUUCGAGUAAGACUGAGAAAGGCCAAGCCAAGCUGGUUGGUGAUGUCCCAGAUGUGGUCUCCGCGAAGAAUCAGACUGCUGUGGAUCAUUCUGAAGAUCUACUCCGAUUUAUGUUGACACAACCCGGGUUGCUUGCAUGCGAGAAUAUCGGGAGAGCUGCACGUGCUACCGCCCUACUGAGCGGUUGUCACUAUCGCCAGCAUAGCACUGCAGUGGCACUUGCCGCUCUCGAAAGAGCUGUGAACAAGAAGUCCGUCGCAGCCAUGCAGAGCAGUUUGAUCCGUCUCAGGAAUGCACUGAGGAGAGGCAGAUCUAACAAAAGCAUGAACCCAGACGAUCAAAAGAACAUCGGUGAUGGCAUCAGAUCGGUACUGGAGGCCGGAGCAGUAGAUGAGCCGUGUGUGUCCAGAAUCAUGCAGGCCCUCGGUUGCGAAGAACAGACUCGCAUGACUGAUAAUGACGGUGACCGUGAUUGUCUACCGAGAGGGAGAGAGUCUGCCUGUGACCGGCCUGGGCAUCUGGACAUGACCAACACUUGUAUUGCGGAAGCUGGAGCGACCAUAUGGGGAUUCCCAGAGCCUAUUCGAAUGGCUGGACUCGAUGGUAGAAUCUCCUCGAGUAGCGCCUAUUCCUGUGGUCCUGCAUUUGAGUGCGCUUGUUCAGUUGUGUACAUCGAUCCAAUCGUGCUGUUGCAGGACACUGGCCUUGACCCUGAGAUGAUGCCGUCACAUUCAUUGAUCAAGUUUCAGAAUCAAGCUGCACCCAAUGGGAAAGAUUUUCCCGCAUGGAAAAGCAACAAGUAG